AUGGCUGACUUCGCCUUGCUGGGUGCCAACAACUUCCGCCCCUUCACUCGAGAAUCUUUGGCUGCCAUUGAGAAACGCAUCGCAGCCAAGAAAGAAUGCAAAGACCCGCCCCCAGAAGAGAAGCCCCGCCCUCAACUCGACCUCCAGGCAUUCCAGAAGCUGCCCGCCCUCUAUGGAAAUCCUCCAUCAGAGCUCAUUGGACAGCCUCUUGAAGACCUUGACCCGUACUACCACGACCAUAAGACAUUUUUGGUGUUGAACAAAGGGAAGACCAUCUUCCGGUUUACAGCCACGCGCGCUUUGUACAUCUUGAGCCCUUUUCAUUCACUCAGACGAAAAGUGAUCAAAGUUUUGGUACAUCCGUUGUUUACCUUGUUUAUCAUGGUCACCAUUUUAACGAACUGUGUCUUCAUGGCUCUUUCGGAAACUCCAGAAUCAACAGAAGAAUCUAGGUACACUUUCACAGGCAUUUAUACUUUUGAAUCAAUAAUCAAAAUAUUGGCAAGAGGCUUCUGCUUGAAUGAGUUUACCUUCCUCCGCGACCCGUGGAACUGGCUGGAUUUCAGCGUUAUUGUGAUGGCGUUUGUGGGCGAGUUUGCUAACCUAGGCAGCGUUUCUGUUCUUCGGAUGUUCCGGGUGCUGAGAGCUUUAAAAACCAUUUCCAUCGUCCCAGGUCUGAAGGUCAUCGUCGGGGCUCUUGUCCAAUCUGUUAAGAAACUCGCAGAUGUGAUGAUCUUGACCGUCUUCUGUCUGAGUGUCUUCGCCCUCAUUGGCCUUCAGCUCUUUAAGGGACAUCUGAGACACAAGUGUGUCAAGGACUACAGAGAGUAUCUCCGUCAGAACAAUAUAUCAGAGCAGCUCGUCCCUUUUAUUGCAGCCAAUUACAAAAUCAAAAAUCACACCAGUGAAUUUUUAUUGUGUCAAAUGGGUACAGAUACUGGCUCCUGUCCAGAGUCGUACGUUUGCCUGAAGGUUGGAGAUAAUCCCGACGAAGGCUUCACAAGCUUUGACACUUUCGGCUGGGCCUUUCUCUCGUUGUUCCGCCUCAUGACGCAGGAUUACUGGGAACGCCUCUAUCAACAGACUCUCAGAGCUUCUGGGAAGAUCUAUAUGCUGUUUUUUGUGCUUGUCAUCUUCCUGGGAUCAUUUUAUCUGGUCAACUUGAUCUUAGCUGUGGUCACGAUGGCCUACGAAGAACAGAGCAAAGCCACUAUUGCUGAAACGGAGGCAAAAGAGAGGAAAUUUCGCGAAGCCAUGGAACUGCUGAAGAAAGAGCAUGAGGAAUUAACUGCUAAAGAAGAUGACACCAUAUCUCACAGUUCAUUGGAAGCCUCACCUGUGGCAUCCAAAGAGGUUAAAGAAAGAAGCAACCGAAUAAUGAAAAAGAUGUCUCUGGGGAUGGAAGAUUCUGGAGAAGAUCUAAAAAUCCCUAAGUCACAGUCUAUUGAAAGUCAUCGCAAAUCGGCUCUCUUCAGCCAUAACUACGGUCCUAGUUCGAACCCAAUGAAGCGCCGUCCCAGUCACGGGAGUGUGUUCAAUUUCCAUAUAUCUGGGCGCGAGCUCGGCUCGAGGCCUGAUGGGGGAGAGGAUGAAUCUAGCAGCGCAGGAGAGGCUGAGAUCCAGCGCGGUUCACUGCUGGCUGCCCGAACGGGAAGACGGCCCAGUACCCAAAGCCAAGUCAGCUACAGCCCUCAUCCUGCAACUCCAAACUAUACACAGCCUGGCAGGUGGACCCCAGGAGACGAUUGCAACGGGGUGGUCUCGUUGAUGGGAGGCAGCGGCAUGAGGUCUUUUAGCCCGGAGCCGAUAUCCGGUGAAGGGUCAUUGCUUCCAGUAGUGAGGGAAAACCGUGGCAGAAGUGAUCUGACUUCUUCAUAUGACGAAGCCAACAAGAUACUUCAGUCCCAGCGUCUAUCAGCGGACCAUCAUAAUCAGCCCCUUCAAAGGGGAAGAGCGGCAAGCGCGGUCAGCGUCAUUACCAGCGCACUGGAAGAACUUGAAGAAUCAAAGCGUAAAUGCCCACCAUUCUUGCAUGAGUUGGCCCUCAAAUACCUUGUUUGGAACUGUUGUCCACUAUGGAUGAAGAUAAAGAAGAAAGUAAACGCUUUUGUUUCGGAUCCGUUUACUGACCUCACAGUCACACUUUGCAUUGUGGUGAAUACUCUUUUCAUGGCACUGGAGCACUAUCAAAUGACCACUGGUUUCAAGACCAUGCUGUCAACAGGUAACACGGUUUUUGCAGGGAUUUUUACAGCAGAAAUGGUCCUGAAAAUCAUUGCGAUGGAUCCUUAUCACUAUUUUCAGCAGCGAUCAAAUAUCUUUGACAGCGUGAUUGUCUUCCUGAGCCUCGUGGAACUCCUCAUUCCCAAAGAAACAACCAAAGGAAAAAGUCGGGGGAAAGGAAGCCUGACAGUCUUACGUUCCUUGAGGCUGCUGCGAGUCUUCAAGUUGGCAAAGUCCUGGCCCACCUUAAAUACCCUUAUAAAAAUAAUUUUAAACUCUGUGGAUGCUCUGGGCAACCUCACUCUAGUCCUGGCCAUUAUCGUCUUUAUUUUUGCGGUUGUUGGAAUGCAGCUGUUUGGGGUCCACUACAGGCAGAAGUAUGGGAACGUAACCGAUGACUGCUGCAAACCUCGAUGGCACAUGAUGGAUUUUUUCCAUUCCUUCCUCGUCAUCUUCCGAAUUUUAUGUGGAGAGUGGAUUGAAACAAUGUGGGAUUGCAUGACCGUUGCUUAUCAACCGCUGUGCCUGCUUGUCUUCUUGCUGGUCAUGGUGAUUGGAAAUUUAGUGGUUCUCAAUUUAUUCAUUGCGCUGCUGCUGAACUCCUUCAGUGCGGACAACCUCCAACUCCCGGAAGAAGACAAAGAAAUGAACAACCUGCAGAUCGCCUUUGCUCGGAUCCACAAAGGGCUUAACGUCGCGAAACACGCCAUGCUGGCUUACUGUUGCAAAGUGCUCAGGUACCCGCGGAAAGCAUCGCAAAAGAAGAUCAAAUGCGAUUCUGAGAAAAACGGGGUGGAGCUCCGGAAAGACGGCAAAGUUGCCAACGAGGUUCACGGGGGCAGGGAGCCCGAGAAAAACCGGGAGAGGUGCUCAGCGGAUAUUCUAGACGAUUUUAUCAACAAUCCCAGGAUGUUCGUCUGCGUUCCCAUCGCUGAGGCCGAGUCUGAUAGCGAGGAUUCAGAAGGUGCUGGUGAUAAGCAGGAUGCGGUAGUGGAGGUGGACUAUAAUAAGCAGACUGACAGUAGCAGUCCUUCCGAAGGCAGCACUGUGGACUUAAUAGAUCCCGAGGAAUAUAAUCUCGAAUUAACUGAUAACUCGAAGGAGCCAGACGAUUGUUUCCCGGAAAGAUUCACUCAGCGUUUUCCUCGGUGUUCAGUAAACACCACAAAGUUUCCAGGCAAAGUAUGGUGGAAUUUAAGGAAGACGUGCUACCAAAUUGUCGAACACAAUUGGUUUGAAAGCUUCAUCGUGUUCAUGAUUCUGCUGAGCAGUGGCGCUUUGGCGUUUGAAGAUAUACACUUGAGUGAGAGGGGGAACAUCAAAACGAUGCUAGACUAUGCUGACAAGAUAUUCACUUACAUCUUUAUCCUCGAGAUGCUGUUGAAAUGGGUGGCGUAUGGAUUCUACAAAUAUUUCACAAACGCGUGGUGCUGGCUCGAUUUCCUAAUUGUGGAUGUCUCUUUGGUAACUCUCAUAGCCAGCUUGGUUGGAAAAUCAGACAUGGGUCCCAUGAAAUCCCUCCGGACCUUACGAGCCCUGAGGCCAUUAAGAGCACUGUCGCGAUUCGAAGGGAUGAGGGUGGUGGUCAAUGCAUUGGUUGGAGCUAUCCCAUCCAUCAUGAACGUUCUCUUGGUCUGCCUCAUUUUCUGGCUGAUCUUCAGCAUCGUGGGAGUCAACCUGUUCUCGGGGAAGUUUGGAAAAUGCGUCAACUUUACGGAAGAGAAUGCUCCUUUAAGCUCCAAGGUUACCAACAGGUCCGAUUGCGAGAAAUUCAAUAACACUCAAAAAAUAUACUGGACAACCGUUAAAGUGAACUUUAACAAUGUUGGCUCUGGUUAUUUGGCCCUCCUUCAAGUGGCAACGUUCAAAGGUUGGAUGGACAUAAUGUAUGCAGCAGUUGAUGCAACGGGGGACGAACGCCAGCCUGUUUUUGAAAACAGCUUGUACAUGUAUCUCUAUUUUGUGAUUUUUAUCAUCUUUGGAUCUUUCUUCACUAUGAACCUUUUUGUUGGCGUUAUUAUUGACAACUUUAAUCAACAAAAGAAAAAGAUAAGUGGAGAAGACAUUUUUAUGACAGAGGAGCAGAAAAAAUACUACAAUGCCAUGAAAAAACUUGGAUCCAAGAAGCCCCAAAAGCCCAUCCCAAGACCCCUCAACAAAUACCAAGGAUUCAUUUUCGACAUUGUCACUCGCCAAGCUUUUGAUGUCGGCAUCAUGGUCCUCAUCUGCCUUAACAUGGUCACCAUGAUGGUGGAGACAGACGACCAAUCCGAAACCAAGACACAUGUCCUUAAACAAAUCAACACCCUCUUUAUCACCGUCUUCACAGCUGAGUGUGUCAUGAAGAUGAUCGCUCUGAGAUACUACUUCUUCACUAACGGAUGGAAUAUUUUUGAUCUGGUGGUUGUCAUCAUGUCCAUUGUUGGCAGCGUGAUUUCCAACUUUGUGGGUUCUUUUUCGCCCACGCUUUUCCGGGUGAUCCGCUUGGUUCGGAUUGGACGAAUACUCAGGCUCAUUCGCUCCGCCAGAGGAAUCCGGACUCUCCUUUUCGCCUUGAUGAUGUCCCUUCCUGCCCUGUUCAACAUCGGCCUCCUGCUUUUCUUGGUCAUGUUCAUUUACGCCGUUUUCGGCAUGGCCAACUUUGCCUACGUGAGAAGGGAGGCUGGGAUCGACGACAUGUUCAAUUUCGAGACCUUUGGUAACAGCAUGCUGUGUCUCUUCCAAAUCACCACUUCCGCCGGCUGGGACGGACUGCUCAGCCCCAUUUUGAACACGGGCCCGCCGUACUGUGAUCCCAAUCGCAACGUCCCUUCGACUUCCUCCAGGGGAGACUGUGGGAACCCCGUGGUGGGCAUCAUGUUCUUCGUCACGUACAUCAUCAUCUCCUUUCUCAUCGUUGUGAACAUGUACAUAGCUGUGAUUUUGGAGAACUUCAACGUUGCCACAGAGGAGAGCACGGAGCCUUUAGGCGACGACGACUUUGAAAUGUUCUACGAAGUGUGGGAGAAGUUUGAUCCGAAGGCAACCCAGUUCAUCACAUACUCUAAACUGUCCGACUUUGCCAAUACUCUGGCGGAGCCGUUGCGCAUACCCAAGCCAAACACCCUGGUACUGGCAGCGAUGGAUCUUCCCUUGGUGAGUGGUGACAAGAUUCACUGCUUGGACAUUCUGUUUGCCUUCACCAAAAGGGUGCUUGGGGACUCCGAGGGGAUGGAUGCUCUUAAGGUACAGAUGGAGGAAAAAUUCAUGGCCGCCAACCCUUCCAAGGCGUCUUACGAACCCAUCGGCACCACGCUCAGACGGAAACACGAAGAGGCGUCCGCCGCCGUUAUCCAGAAGGCCUUUCGGGUUCACUUGCUCCAGCGUUCCAUGAAGCAGGCCUGUUUCUUACACCGUCAUGAAACUUGUGACGGUGACAUCCUUGAAGAAGACGCUCCGGAGAAAGGAGGUCUCCUUGCGCUGAUGAUGAAUGAAAACUAUAUCAGAAAUCCAGGCAAAUCCCAGACACCCUCCUUAGAAUCGAUCCCUCCGUCCUACAGCAGUGUUACUGGAGCCAUUGAUGGUGGCCCUGAGAAGGAAGCAACAGAAUCUCCAAAAAGUGAUGAACCUAAGGACAGUCAGCUACUUCCAGACAAAGGCAGGGAGUCCAGCAUGUAA